AUGUUUGGAGAGAAGGCCCUGGAGUUGCUGCGCGAGUUGCGACGAUGCAGAGAAGGAACGCUGCCACCUUACAAUGAGGACACCAUUAGACAGAUCAUUGAGGAGAUGCAGGCGCUGUUUGAACAGAACCAGUUGGAAGUGCGAGCCACCACGGAUGGUGAGCAAGGUCUUGUCUCUGGUAUACAACUACGACAUGCUUGCCUUGAGAGAAAUCACAGAUGUCUCUUGGCGUACGUCUAUAAUAGGAUGACCAAGAUACGGGACUAUCGCUGGGAGGUGGGAAGUGUGCUGCCUCCAGAGUUUAAGCUAUGUCUGUGUGAACAAGAGGUGCAGUGGUUCAACCGUUACAAUCGUUCAUUGGCCAACUACAUGAGGAAGAUCAAAGGACUUGAUCUCACGCAGUACAUGCAACCACCAAAGAGCUCGUAUAUAGAGGUCCGAUGUCUGACUGACUAUGGAGAAUUUGAGACAGAGGAUGGGACGAUCAUACAACUGAGAGUGGGGAGUCAACACUAUCUCCUUCGAUCUCAGUGUGAACACCUCAUCAAGCAAGGGACACUGGAACACAUCAGUUAGUUAGUUUAAUAGCUGUAUUAUAGUUUAUAUCAUUCUGUUUGUGUGUUCAUGGCAUUUGUUUUUGACAGAGCAUAUAUAAUUAUUCGUAUUCAUA